UGCACACUGCACUUCAACAGACGCACAAAGCAUACACGAGGGUGAAGAAGAGAUGGAUCCAGCCGAGGGCCGAAGGAUACUGGUGGCCGUGGACGAGGGCGACGAGAGCGUCCACGCGCUGCGAUGGUGCCUCACCAACUUCGCCACGCGCGGCGACGGCGAGCUUGCCCCACCGGACACCAUCCUCCUGCUCUACGUCCGGCCGACGCCGCCCACCUACUCCGUGCUCGACGCCUCCGCCCCGCUAGGCUAUCUGUUUGUCAAUGAGGCGACCGCCGCGAUCGACGGGUACAGCCGGGCGGUGGCGGACGCGGUGGUGGACAAGGCGCAGAAGCUCUGCGCGCUCCACAGCAAAGAGAACGGCGAGGUGAAGGUGAAGGUGGAUGUGAAGGUGGCGGUCGGGGACGCCCGGAGCGUCAUCUGCGACAUGGUGGACAAGCUCGGAGCCGACGUGCUGGUGAUGGGGAGCCAUGGCUAUGGAUUUUUCAAGAGGGCUCUCCUCGGGAGUGUCAGCGACUACUGCGUCAGGAACGCCAACUGCCCCGUUCUCAUCGUCAAGUUGAAAUAACAGGGCCAACUGUUCUUGGGAGAUUAGCAAUGAUGCCCGUACUUGCAUUUGCUGUUUGGCAUUAAAUUUCUUUCUACUACUAUUUACUACUGUAUUUGUUAUGCCUCCUUUUUUUUUUCUUCACUUUUGGUCGCUUCGCGUGUAACCUGCUAGAGGAGCUAAGGGGAAGUGCCAAGCAAUGUGUCUCAAGAUCCCCGCGACUUGUAUAUAUGCCGCUGUUACUGCUCGGUUAUCGGUUGAAUUUAUCGUAUUGGACAUGUUAUUAA